AUGAAGAUCGUUCUGGUGUGUCUACUUUGGGUGGCCGAAGUGUUUGGACAGUGCGGUGAGGAAUGGUAUGGUGAGGAGCGACGUACAGUGUACCGAACGGAAGAUUACCCGAGCGUUGAAGAGCGGGCGCCCAGUUUCGAGGAAGUCAGCGAAGAGUACUAUCCGGUGAAGCAACAGCGAUCUCUCCGAUCUAGCCGAUACUCGCCACCGGCCUAUGGAUAUGGUAACAGCUUCCGACAAGAUAGUGACGAUUGGGAGCGAUACGAAGGACCUCGGAAAUCCCAUUACGAUGUGCACAAGAGUCGCCGAAAGUACGAUUUGUACGGGAAAAGUUCUCGCAGCGAUUACAGCAUCAAGGGAUCGCUGGGUGUGAAUGCGUACGAGCGCAAGAAGACAAGCCGGGCAGCAAAAUAUGGCGUCGAAGGUGGUUCUCACGGCAAGACGACCUCGUUAACGUAUAAAGCGGUUCCACCGAAGGCAAGCUGUGCCCAGAAUUUGCUAAUUGGCUGCACACCAACUGUCACGAGAGUACCCUGUUCGGCGAGCUCUUCGUAUGAUACGUACGGACAUUCGGGUGGAGUGCCCUAUUACCCAUCGCCUCCAGCGUACCAUCAUGCGCCAGCUCACCAGAUGCCUUCUCACUACGGAAUGCCUUACCCGGGAACGUAUCCAACGUACGGACCACCUCCUCCAUCCGCUAGCCCCUACUAUCCUCCAUCGUCAGCCCCUCAUGGAGCGCCGACAGCUCACCAGAAAGAUCAUCCAGCAUCAGAUCUUCAUGCGAAACCUUCCGAAGAUGCGCAUGGAUAUGGGCCCUCGUACAAGGUUGCCACACCGGAAGAGAUACCCGGCUUUGCUGCACCGGUGCGGGAAGAUUUAAGCGAAUCUCCCAAGGUACCGAUCAUUUCCGCCUUUUCCAAAACGACCGAUUCCACGACCGGAUUGGCAGCGUUCAACUCAACCGUACCGAAAGGGAUGUCCUCAAACGGGACAGCAGGAGUUGAGACGACAUCUACCCGAACGAGCCCACUGCCCGUGUUGACACCGGCACCCGAACAGAAGGAGGACGCCGAUGAGUUCUGGGGAGCUGAAACGGAAAGUUCAACGGACGUUACCGAAGGGUCUACCGCACGGUGA